AAGCGGUCACACUUAUUUUGUAUUAAAAUACAGCUCUACAUUUUAUUUUUUCACGGUGAAAAUUGAGUCGAGAAAACUUGUAGAAAAUUAAGAAAAAAAGGCCUGCAAAAUGAGCGCGCCAAGCAAUAAAAUGUCUGCCACGGAUCAGAUGCGUGCAAUGCUGGACCAACUGAUGGGUACCACCCGCAACGGAGACGAUGGUCGCGGUCUCAAAUUCUCAGAUGCACGCGUCUGCAAAUCUUUUUUGCUGGACUGCUGUCCCCACGAUAUACUGGCAUCCACGCGCAUGGAUCUCGGUGAGUGUCCCAAAGUGCAUGAUCUGGCUUUUCGUGCAGAUUACGAGAGUGCGUCCAAGUCCCGCGACUACUACUACGACAUCGAGGCCAUGGAGCAUUUGCAAGCUUUCAUUGCCGACUGCGAUCGACGCACAGACUCCGCCAAGCAACGUUUAAAGGAGACGCAGGAGGAAUUGACAGCCGAAGUGGCGGAGAAAGCAAACGCAGUGCAUUCACUGGCCGAGGAAAUUGGCAAGAAACUAGCAAAGGCCGAGGCACUGGGCGAGGCUGGCGAGGUGGAAGACAGCAUGGAGCUGAUGAAGGAAAUUGACGAGUUGCGUGGAAAAAAGAUCAAAGCCGAACAUGAAUACAGAACAUCGAUGCCAGCGUCAACUUAUCAGCAGCAGAAGUUGCGCGUCUGCGAGGUGUGUUCCGCCUAUCUAGGCAUACAUGACAAUGACAUACGGCUGGCGGACCACUUUGGUGGUAAGUUGCAUCUGGGUUUUCUCACCAUACGAGAGAAAUUGAUCGAGCUGGAGAAGACGGCGGCGCCACGCAAGGCGGAAUUGAAGCGCUCGGGUAAGAUACCAGAUCGCGAAGAGGACGGCAGGGGCAGAAAUCGUUACUUUGUGGGUGGUCGUGAGUUGGAUCGACGUUCGCGUGUCCAUCGCUCUCGUUCCAGAGAGCGUCAACGUCAACGGGAUGCGGAAAAACAAUCGAAUGACAGAUCCAACGAGCGGGGAAAUGAUCGGGGCAGUGCCCGUGAGAGUGACGGUGAACGUGCGCCAUCACAACGUAGCCGGGAUGCCGAUGGACGCAGCAUGGGACGUGGAGGAGGUACUGAUAGUAGCAGUGGUCGGGAUCAUCGUGACAGAGAGCGCGAUGUGCGUAGAGAUCGUGAUCGCAACAAUCGCAAUGAUAGAGGUCGUUUCGGAGGAGGAGGCGGCGGCGGAAGAGAUGGAGGUGAUCGCCGCAAUGAUAGACGUCGCUCUCGGUCCAGAGAGCGUUCGCCACGCGAUCGGCGCAACUACAACAAUAGCAACAGCGGUAACUUUGGUGGCAGCCGGAGACGAUCGUUCUCCCGCGAACGGUAUCGUCGCUAGAUGAUUAUCUAAUGAUGAGGAAGUCGGAUUGAGUUCCACACAACAGUGUCCAGCGCACGUACGUAGCAUUAAUUACAACCACAGUAGACAACAAAAUUCACAAACAAAUCAAAAACCAAAAAAAAUAAUAAUAGCCACAGAUAGCAGCAAAAACCAACAACUAAUUGCAUUAUUAUUCAAUUAAUAAAUCGACUUAAAUACAUAUAGACAACAAGAACAAUCGCAGAUAUUUUUGUAAAAUAUUAUUAAUCUCUAUCUUCUGAUUUUCAUCCGUGUAAACUAACAGAAAAAAAAAACAGAACAGAUAAACGAAUAACUGUAAGCUGAAACCGAAAAACUGUAAACUCUUUUAAGCAAAAUAAUGCACACAUUUAUUUAAUAGUUUGACAGCCUCCGGCAAGUUGUAAACUUAUGGUACGUAGAGCCAGAGCCCCCAAAUAACCACUAAAUUCUAUUUAUAAUCCCCAAUGUGCCCACCAAUGAUUAUAGAAACAACACAAAUACGAAAGCAAACACAUAUUCGGAAUACCGAAGAAGUAAUACGCUAGCAAAGUAAACUAUUCAAUUGAAAAUGUAAGUCGAUUUUAACUGAAUGUGGUUAUAGGAGAUCUAGUUUCAUAUGUAUUUAUUUAUUUACAUAAUUUGAAUUUACAUUUAAUUCGACUUCAAAUUUAUUAAAAUAAGUAAUGGAUUAUUUUUUGUCCGACACAUCUGUACGAAGUUUUAAUUAAUCUGAUUUCUAAUCUAAUCAUUUAAUUUCUUACAAAUAUGAACACAAUUUUAUAAUAUACUCUGCAAGUGUAUGUACAAAUCUACACAAAUAUAGCCAAUGUAUGUAACUUCUCAGCGCUCCUCUCUCAGCUUGGCCCCCAUCAGGUGGUGUGUGGUGUGGUGUUGCUGUACACGUAUUAUCGGGCCCAUUUAGGGGUAAGCCUAUCAACAAUCACUACUGCUCACAACUACAUACUAUGUACUCACUUUUGACAAAUUGUAAAUUGUAACCUUUAAGCGUUUUCUACUUGAAGUCACUUUUCAGCCGAUAAGCUUAAAAAAAAGCUAAGUCCCGUAAAGCUGGGUACGUAUUGAGUGAAUAAUUGCAUAUUUACUUAUUUACUAUAUAAACUGAACGUCCAAGCACAGUUUAGGGAUCUCGAUAAUUGUAUACUGAGUACAUAUACAAACUAUAUAUGUGGUAAAUACCUCUCCUAUACUACCCGAUAUACAUUCAUAGCGUUCAUUUUGGGUACGUAUUUCGUCGACUAAAUCUUUUUGGGAGAGUGUUGUUUUAUUUUUUGGUAUGUAUACGAAUUCGUUAAAAAUUGUUAGCAAAUUUCAAUACAAUAUAGCAACAUUUUUGGUACGUAUUUACCCAAGCUGCAGCUAAAGGAUUGUGUUGCUUCCGUAGGGUUCUUCGAUGAGCACAUUUCAACGUACGUAUUUUCCAAACACCAAAAACAGAAUUAAAAUUACAAUUUUGUUAUUGCAAUCUCUUGUAGCGAUAUUCAUAUGUAGUUACAAUACCAACACCACAAAAAACAACCAAAAUAAAUGCCCAUAUUUAACCUAAUCUCUCGUUCACAUGCUAUAAAUAAAGUGCUAUGCCAAAAUUAUACACAGAAAUGAAAUGAAGCUGGCUAAUCCCCAAAAAGAAACUGGCCUAGUAUGUGAGUAUUAUUCGGGUGGCUCUUCUAACGUUUCUUUUGACAGCAUUUAUAGAGUCUGCGAUUUGUAGUACUAUAUUUGGGAUUUGCAGUUAUAAAAGUAAACAUAUACAUAUACUAUUCGCAUGGGGCUGCAGGGCCAACAGUUUAUUGGGAUACUUAGGGUAAGACUUUAUGCAAAGAAACCUUUUAUUUUGAAUUUAAACAUAGUUUUAAUAUUUAUUAUAAGUAUAUUUGGACAUAAGAAGUUUGUAAAAACAAUGCUCAUUGUGUAUCAUAUUAUGACGCCUAAUAAAUUUUG